AUGGCAAUUUCAAUUUUAUUUUUAAGCAUACUAACGACUCUUUGUAAAUUUAUAAGUGCUGCCGAAUUCAACGAACUGGAUGUUCAGAAAUGGACGGAUUACAAAACACAGUUUGACAAACAGUACGAAACCACAGAGCUAGAGACCCAAAAAAUGGCCGUUUUCUUAGAAAAUUCGAAUAAAAUUUCCCAGCACAAUGAAAAAUUUAAAAACGGCCAAGUGAAAUUUGACAUGGCGAUGAAUCUAUUUGGUGAUAUGACCGCCGAAGAGUUCAAGCAAACACAAACACCUCAUAAAAAAGUACAUAAAGACUUCUCUUAUUGUCAUAACAAGUUUCCCAACUACGAAGCACGUAUAAUUAAAGCCUUACCUCCCAACCUAGGCAAAGCCCCACAAAGUAAAAACUGGGUCACGGAAGGAGCAGUAACCGAUGUGAAAUACCAAGGUAAAAAAUGUGGCAGUUGUUGGGAUUUUGCGGCGAUUGGCGUCAUCGAAUCUCACUAUUUUUUACACGGUCCGGAUAAAAAACUCGUGUCACUUAGUGCCCAACAAGUUUUAGACUGCCUAAGCAGUACCCAAAAAUAUGGAACCAACAAUUGUAUAGAUGGAGGUUGUCCAGCCAGUGUAUUGCAGUAUGUGAUCGAAAAUGGAGGAAUAGAAGCUGAUCAAUCUUACAUGUAUUCAGCAAAGGAAGGCAAAUGCCAGUACAAACCAGUUGAAAAAAAAGCUGUCAUCAAGGAUUACAAAAUAACAGUGGCAGAAGAUGAGAAAUUAAUCAAAGAAGUUGUCGGCUUAAUUGGACCAGUUACUUGUGAUUUUGAUGUUGAGGACGAUUUUCAAUUCUACAGUACAGGUAUUUUUUCAAGCACUUUAUGCAAAAAAACGCCACCCGAUAUGAAUCAUGCAAUGGUAAUAGUUGGAUAUGGUUCGGAAAAUGGAAUGGAUUAUUGGUUGGUUAAGAAUCAAUGGACCAAUGGAUGGGGAGAGGAAGGGUAUGCAAGAAUACAACGUAAUACAAACGAAUGCGGCAUUGCACUUGGAAAUUUAUAUCCAAUAGUUUGA